AUCGUUUUACAACAAGAGGUCAGCAGUGUUUAUUCCUCAGAUGCAACCAAUCGGAGUACACCGUUGGGCACCGUCAUUCACCUGGGUCGCACACACCCAGAUCGAGCACAAUAAAAGGCAUGGUGCAAUCCUGGUGUAUACCAGCCCGCACAGUGCUGAAGACUGAGCGUCUUGACCUUGUCCCGUCGCCUACAGAUCCAGUUUAAUAUCUUGAACAGUGCCGCACCCGAUAUACACAACGCACUUGAACACAGACAGGCUGCGCAAGUUCAAUCGGCAGGACAUCUUUGCCCUCCAUCAUCAUGGCGAUUUUGCAGAGAUGCUGCUGUUUUGACAAUGUCCGAACUGGUUCCAUCGCAUCAGCAAUAUACACGCUGAUCUAUGCCGCCAUAGUUUUGGCGUAUUCUGCAUACAGCAUUGCACAGUUGGCUGGAUGGUAUUAUGACUAUCAAACCUCUCUAUACUACAUCGUGGACUGUUUCAGUCUGGCUUUCCUGGCCCUGAUAGUAGUGGCCUCCAUACUUGCCAUUAUAGGCGUCACACGGGACCAGGCUGGAUUUCUGCUGGUGUAUAUGAUCGUGAUGCCAAUAGUGAUCCUGAUCCAGGUUGUUGAAUGCAUCUUGCUCAUCGUGCAGAUUGCCAGGGCUGGUGCUUACGGAGGUUACAGCGGUGUUGCUGUGUUGGUAGUUGCGCUGAUCAUCUAUGCGCUGUUCACCAUACUGGAUGUGUUUUGCUUCCUGUGCGUGGUGUCUCAGUACCAGGAACUGAGGGCUGGGCGUGGCCGUCUGCAGGACGUGAUCGCCGCAAGGGGCCAAGGCACAACUACCUUCAUCACCACUACCCCUGCAGGCGGUGGAACUGUCGUGGUUGCGUCUCCAGGUGGCGCCCCACCACAGCAAGGGUACCCACCACAGCAAGGGUACCCACCACAGCAAGGGUACCCACCACAGCAAGGGUACCCUCCUCAGCAAGGGUACCCGCCCCAACAGGGGUACCCGCCCCAGCAAGGGUACCCGCCUUAGCAGGGAUACCCUCCACAAGAAGGGCCGCCUGGGUAUCCGGAGAAGGUGUAAGCGCGUGGGAAUACGCGAAGGAAUACUGAAUAUGAAACUGUGAAACUAAACAUGGAAGUUCAGGUUUUGUUUUCACCUUUUCAACAUAUACUAUUGUUAAAUGCCGGCAGUUUAACGAAAACUUUAAUAUCCCGGCGCAGUUAGAAUUAACAGGGCUUCUUAUACCUCCGCCAAUGAGGUUAUGUUUUCAUCGGAUUUUUUUACUUUGUUGGUUCAACUUGGUUGGAUGGAUUUUCUAUUAACAAAAUAACUCAAAAAGUUAUGGAGGGAUUUGCAUGAGGUGGUCCUUGGUACAAGUACAAAUCGAUUAGAUUUUGGAAGUGAUCCGGAUCUGGGUCUGGAUCCGGAAUUUUUUUGUGAGAAUUCUUCACCAUAAUAGGCGAGUAUUUCUUUUCGGUGUACUGUCAAUAUGGCGGGGAAUUGUUUAGCCUUGGCGGAGGUUUGCGCUCUCCAAGUGCUUUAACUUGGCUUUUUAGUGUAUAUUUAACCUAUUUCAAUUGUGGUAUUUUAUACAUUUUAAUUACUUCUAGUGAUUUGUAGAACUUGCAUGAAAAUAUUGCGGGAAAAGUCAUAGCAUUAGAAUUAGUCAUUCGGUUUAUAAACGGUUUGAUGACCCAUAUAAUCUGCGAAUAUUAAGAAGCAAUUCAUUUUACUCGUUUUAUUUAAGUAGCAAACAUGUUUAACGAACAUUUUUCUACUUCUAGUGAUUUGUACAACUUGCAUGAAUUGUAGAAAAAAGUCACAGAAAAGAAUAGUUUUCGGUUUAUGAACGGUUUGAUGGCCCUUAUUAUCAACUCAUUUUACUCGUGUCAUUACCGUGGCGUGUAAAGGAUUCGUGCAUAUUAUUUCCAAGGGUUGGUUGGGUUUUUUUUUUAUAUAUUGAUACUGUCAUUGGGGAAAACAUGCAUUUUCACCGCAAAUGAGUCAAAUUGCAUCAGGCAGUGCACCCAGCCCACUCGCAAACCAACCAACAAUGUCAUCCUCGAAAAACGGCGUUUGUUGUGAAUAGACUUCUUGUAUUAGUAGGAAAUGUUUAGGUGUUUUUAGAAUAUUUACUUACGAAUUUCCGUUGAAAUCACAACGAAAUGUGCUACAAAUCGAAAUUGCAUGGAUAUGCAAACGCAGGUUUUUUUCUAUUCUCCUAUAUGGCCAAGAAGUAAUAAUGUGCUCAACUAUAAAACUACUUUCACUGGUGCUUUAUACCACAUAAGCUUGCGCAGCUUUUUGAAUUUUUGUUUUUUUACAAGUACUGUUCUUGUUUAUUAUCAAAAAUACGCAUGGUUACAUAUACUAUAUGAUAGAUGUACAACAAUAAAUGUUUACUGAAAUUCUUCACUGAAUAUA